ACCAGUCCGUUCUGGUUCUCCUACGCACGACUGUGCCUGGUCAUGCAUGUCCCAAAAAGAGUCGCCAUUGUCGGUGCCGGUCCCUCCGGACUCGUGGCCGCCAAGACGUUACUCCAUUCCCAUUCAGUUCCAGCAUUUGACGUAACCGUACUCGAAAAGUCCUUGUCAGUAGGCGGACUUUGGUCCGUCUCCACGGCAGGCCCAGAUGGCCUAGUUAGCCCUGAGAUGCCCGCCAACCUGAGUCGCUACUCUGUCUGCUUUUCGGAUUUUGCCUGGGAGUCGGCCGACCUCGAAACCGGCAAGUGCAAAUCUCAGACCGAUUCAGCCGCGAAGCCCCUGGAAGAGAGCAGUUUCAUGCCCAUGUUUCCCAAGGCUCGGCAGGUGGAAAAGUAUCUCCAAGCGUAUGCCCAUCGAUAUUUGCCAAACGGAGUCGUACGUCUAAACAGCACUGUGACCAAGGCAGAACGCAGAAAGGACAAUGGCUUGUGGAACCUGGAAUGGACUACCCAUAACGGCUCCGUCCAUCGGGAUACCUUUGACUACCUUGUAGUCGCCACUGGAUUCUUUUCGUCUCCGAGGCGCUCAAACAUUGCGGGCCUAGGAAAAUUCCCGCAGAAUGUCAUCCACAGUAGUCAAUACAGAACCUUUGACGACCUAGUCCCCCCCAAAGCGCAAUCGUCCGAAAUAUUUGAGAAACCGGCCUCUUCUGACCCGUCUCAGGAUCAGACAAUCCCAAAGCUAGUAGUUAUUGGGGGUGGCAUGUCGGGCGUUGAAGCUGCCGCAUCGCUGGCUCUGCAUAUUUCUUCACGGAAGCAUUCCCCCGGAUCUUCCGAGGUCUCCAGGGACUACCAGAUCCAUCAUGUCAUUUCGCGUCCAUUUUACGCACUCCCGCCUAUUUUGCCCCGAGACCCAGGACGAGCCAUGCAACCUUCGUUUACACCACUGGAUAUGUGCAUGUACAACCUCUCCCGGCGGCCCUCGGGGGAUAUCACAUACGCAACUGGUACUCUAACCGCGGAAAAGGCCAAGAUGACGCAUGAGUUCCUGCGAAACGUGAUUGGAGGGGAUCAGUAUGGCUUUGGAACUCGCUCCAGAAUCUUCUCAUCCGCAAAAGAGGACGAGCCUGCUUACGUCGCUAUUAGCGAAUGGUAUGCAGGACUUGUCCGGGCCGGAUAUAUUUCCCCUGUUGCGGGAAAAGCUAUACAGGUUGGAGAGGAUGCCGCUGGUGGUACAGGGACGGUAAAGGUGGAGUACAAAGGCAAGGAGUCCAUACUUGACAGGGUGGAGGGGAUUAUUCUGGCUACCGGAUUCACUCCUCAGACAGCCAUCUCAUGGUUGUCUCCUGAGGUUCUUGCCGCUCUUCAGCACGAUAGUCAUUGCGAGCGCAUGCCACUACUUCUGCAGCACCGCUCCACUUCUCAUCCUGAUUUCCCAAACCUCGGAUUUGUUGGAUACUAUGAAGGGCCGUACUGGGGCGGCAUGGAGAUGCAGGCGCGGUUCCUGUGCAGGAAAUGGGGUAGUAAUGCCGACGCCGUUGCUGAUAGUGUAGAAGAUCUAAAACCAAUGGAGGACCUUCGCAUUGCCAUCAAAGGGUCUCCAAUGGUUCCCCAGUUCUGGAUGGGAGACUACGUAGGCCUCAUGGAAAGCUUUGCGCGCGAAAUGGACAUUCCGCGCCUUGAGCUCGAUGGAUAUGAACCGCGAGGUGGACCGGUCAUUGGCGCGAGAUACAUUGACGAUACGGCGGACCGGCAGGAGGCUAACAAAACUAUACAGUCGCUGCAGCGCACCCUCUUGUCCUCAGCAAGUCAAGCUGGGUUCCUCAGCAGAGCUGUGUUUCGGGCGAUGCACGGCAAAUGGCACAUGUCUCGAGAACUCAACAGUGCACUUCCCACUCACCCAUCUGGAAACUUUACGGGGACGGCGAAGUUUCAUGCGCGCUUUCCGACUGAUCCUGCCUAUGACAUGGAAAUGCUCUAUCACGAAGAAGGCGAGCUCGUCACGAAUCAAGGCUGGACGCUACGCGCUAAUCGGAGCUAUGUCUACCGCUACAGCGAGCGCGAUGACAAGAUUACUGCCUGGUUUGUCAAGCCAGACGAUCCGAAAACUGUAGAUUACCUUUUCCAUGCCAUCAAUUUCGAAGUGCCUGUAUCGUCGGACACUGGCGCACUAGGAGAACUCAAAGCCUGGAAGGCUCGCAGCCAUCAUCUCUGCGAAAAGGAUGACUAUACGCCAGAGUACACGUUCAAUUUUGACGGUGUCGGGCUCAGUCGGUUUGGGAUCAAGUACUAUGUUAAAGGGCCACAAAAGGAUUACACCUCAAUGACGUGGUUCACGAGGUGAUGACCAUAAUGAUGCGAUGAUUCAUGAUUAUAGACGGAACAUUUUUCUAGUAUAGAUGCUGUCCGGAAUCCUUUCCGGGAGAUGUAAAUAGCGUCGGGAUAGAUUAUAAAGAAGCUGAGCAUGUUCGGAAGUGGAAUUCACGCCAUGUCAGCUAACGAUGGCUAAAGCUAAUAAACCAGUGUCUCACUUAAUAUCCCCGGCUCGAUGAGGGAAAAUUGAAGCGCUAUUCUUUCUGAUAUAUCGUAUCAAUUCAUGAUAAGCAAAUCUGUGUCGAGAUAUCUUUAUCAUCCUGUGAUAAAGCAGCCUUUUUCUUUUAGACAUUGUUUUUAUGCAAUAAUGAUAAGGACGGAGGGCU